CCUCUAGGAGCCAGACUCCCUCCUCUUUAGCAUUCCUUGCCUGGCUGGGAGAGGAGAGUGUCCCCUUUGGCCUCUCCUUCCUCCUCCUCAUCCUCCUGGUCUCCUUCCUUCUCUUCCUCUCCUUCCCAUUCCUUCUCCAAAGGUGGUUUUUGGCUGAGGAUUUUGGAGUCCAGCCUGUGGAGGGAUUUCUUUCCCUUGAGAGAAGAGGGAGGAAACGCAUCUGGGAUUCCUCAUCUUGGGUUCUUCAUCAAAGAGUGGUUCCAACAUGGAGAGACCCAACUCACCUGGACCUGAGGCAGGACUUCGAAGCAGUGGGGAAUCCUGGGAAGGAACUACGCAGAUGUUCCUGGAUGCGCACACACAGUUCCAGCGCUUCAAGCAUUCCUCCUACGGAGAGGGCGAGGGGCCCAGAGAGGUUUGCAGCCGCCUCCACUCUCUCUGCCGCCAGUGGCUGAAGCCAGAGCAACACACCAAGGCGGAGAUGCUGGACCUGGUGAUCCUGGAGCAGUUCCUGAGCAUCCUGCCCCCAGAGAUGGGGAGCUGGGUCCGAGAGUGUGGGGCAGAGACCUCUUCCCAGGCGGUGGCCCUGGCGGAAGGCUUCCUCCUGAGUCGGGCAGAGGAUGAGAAGCAGGAAGGACAGGCCCAAAAUAACUGCAUGGAAGUCCAGCCUGAUGUCCCUUCAUCAGAAAAGCCUCACUCGGACACCAAGCAGAGCCUCCGGCAGAAGGAGCUGAAGCAGGAAGGAGAGGAAGGAGAGGAAGGAGAGGGGGCUGCAGCCUGGCAGGGGGCUGGAAUGAGGUUGUUGCCAAAGCCACAGUUGAGUCUUCCCCUUUUGGAAGUGAAUCAGGUAAGCAGAAGGAUUCCUGGGAGAGGAGGAAGGGAGCCGCCUGGGGGUCAUUUCUUCCAGGCUUCAUCCUCAAACAUCUCUUGAAACAGAAAAGAUUGAAUGGGAGUUUCUUAAAAGUGAGAUACUGAAGGCACAAUUGCAAACAGUCCCAACAGGGAGGAAAAAAUAAAU